UGUAGUUCUAAUUUGUUAGUACCACAAUUACAAUCCAUGGCUUGUUCUUUCACUCUCCCAAUCCUUCAAGGUUCUUUUCUCCAUAAAUCCCAUUUCCUGGGCCAAACCCACCUCUCCACUACCACCUCCACCCCAUCUUCCACAAUUCCCACCCUUACCCUAAAAACAACUGCCAAAUUCAACCCAUUUGAGAUCUUGGGAGGCAGAGGUCUCUGCAAUGGUGAAGAAGGCCUCGAAAAAGAACUCAAAAAGACCAUAACAACCCAAGAACCACCACCACCACCACCACCACCAAUUCCCACCAAAGAUCAUGAAGAGUCAACAGCAUCAACAGGCGAGAUCAUCCCAGAAAAUGCAUUUGAAAAGGAGCUACAGGGCUUGACUGGUGGAUUCCCAGGUGGUGAAAAGGGUCUCCAACAAUUCAUUGAGAAAAACCCACCUCCUCCAAAGAGAUCAACAAAAGUUAAUGAAUUGGAAACAAUUGGGUUCAAUCAGAGCUUGACAAAGAAGCCAAAACCACCUGAAUUGCCAUUGUUAAUGCCUGGUAUGAUUGCUAUUGUGAAGAAUCCAAACAACCCAUAUUACAUGUAUUGUGGCAUUGUACAGAGGAUCACAGAUGGGAAGGCUGGGGUGCUUUUUGAGGGUGGGAAUUGGGAUAGGUUGAUCACGUUUAGGCUUGACGAGCUUGAACGCCGGGGAAAGGGUCCUCCAAUGGUUAGCCCAAGGUCUGUUGUACUUGAACCUUUGCUUGAGAAUAAGGAUUCAUCAUGAUUGUUUCAUUCCCAAACCAGAGUCAUUUCAUUUCUGCAAUGCCAAUAUGUAUGCCUAUGUAUAUGUAUUGAGCUUAAGUCAUCAGUAGACUGCAGGAGUGAACUCUCAAAGUAUAACAACAAUAAUGUUUGAUAUUGCCUACUUUAGUCCUUGGGCUGGAUAUCUUAUAAUAUCUGAAUUGGCCGUUGAGAAUUUCUAA